AUGGUAGGCUCGUAUACCGGAAAGGUCAUCCACGUCCCAGCCCUGCUGGAAUCUUGGCCCUGGCCAGCGGCCAUAAACCCGCUGUACGAGCAGGUUCAGGAGGAAUCGACUUCCUGGUUUAGGAAGUUCGAUCUCUACCGGGAUAGGAAGAAGCAAGCCAUACAUGACCAUCUGGAUACCGCAAAAUUCGGGGCAUCGGUGUGCCCCAAAGCCGACUAUGCACUACUCAGACUAGCCACGGACUAUCUGCACCUUGGUUUCUGGAUCGACUACUUCUUCGACACCUCACCUUCAGAUGUUAUCCGGCAGCUGACUGAAAGCAUCGCGCACCUGCUCGAAUCUGGUGAUCCUCGCCUGGAUUCAUCCAGUCCCCAGUCUCAUAUUGCUUGCAUGGAGAUCCUCCGCGAUUUCAGAAAACGAAUAGAAACCUUCAACCCUUCCCAGGAGGACCUCAGACGCUUUGUCAAAGAGUACAGAGGAUUCCUCGAAGCAGAGCUCACCCAGGCUAUCGACCAUGAGAACAAGGUCAUUCGUGAUAUCGAAUCCUAUCUCUCCAUCCGACGUUCCACUAUCGCCAUCCGACCUGGAAUCGCGCUCCUUGGGCUCGCACUUGGUAUCCCGCAGGAGAUCUUGGACGAUCCAUACACGGACACCCUGACCAACGCCUGCUUGGACAUGGUCAUCAUCCAAAACGACGCAUAUUCUUGGAACGUCGAGCAAGUGAGGAAGGCUGACGGGCACAACAUCAUUACCGUCCUCAUGAAGCAACGGGAUAUCGAUGUGCAAGAAGCAUACGAGCAUGCAGCCCAACUGCACCGAGAAACUCAGGAGCACUUUUUGGAGCUUCAUGCUAAGCGACCAGAUUGGGGGAAUGAGGGAAGCAUCCAAGCAUUCUUCGAUGGGCUUGGAGAGUUUGUUCGAGGUGUGGACGAGUGGAGCUCGAUGUGUCUUGGAGAACACGCGCUUUCCGUGGGCGCAGGCUUUCUGAAAUAG